AUGGACUCGAUUUCCAUUGCUAUGAUUGCGGAUUUUUUUCAUCCUGAUGUCGGAGGUGUGGAGAAUCACAUCUACAUGCUUAGUGCAAAUCUGUCCCGAAAAGGUCAUAAGGUAAUUGUCAUCACUCACAGCCGACCGCCAGAUCGCGUUGGUAUUCGUUGGCUUCUUCCUGGGGUCAAGGUCUACUAUCUCCCAAUUAUCCCAAUUGCUUCAGGCGCCACUCUUCCCAACUUCUUCACUUUCCUUCCGUAUCUGCGCACUAUUCUUAUACGAGAGCAUAUCCAUCUCAUUCAUGCUCACGCUAGCCUAUCUUCCAUGGGUCAUGAAGGGAUAUUGCAUUCCCACUUUUUGGGAGUACGCACCGUUUUCACCGACCAUAGUCUUUUUGGCUUCGACGACGCCGCGAGCAUUCUAACCAACAAGCUGUUGGUCGGAACACUCAAAAAUGUUGAUGCGGUGAUAUGUGUCUCACAUACGAGCCGUGAAAACACAGUCCUACGAGGAGAGCUAUUCGAGCAGUCGGAUGAUAAUCCCCCGAGAUUGAUAGUGAGGAAAAACGUGUAUGUGAUCCCGAAUGCUUUAGUCGCGGAAAGAUUCCAGCCGGGACAUCCGUUAUCCUCGGACACUAUUACCAUUGUUGUUCUAUCCCGACUCGCGUAUCGAAAGGGUAUCGACCUCCUUGUUGCUACAGCUCCCAGGAUUUGUCAAGCUUUUCCCAACGUCAACUUCCUAAUAGGUGGCGAUGGACCAAAACUCAUUGAACUGCUUCAAAUGCGUGAAAAACAUCUUCUACAAGAUCGCAUCGAGUUGUUGGGACCAAUUCGACAUAACGAUGUCCGCUCGGUACUUAUUCGAGGCUCAAUCUUCAUGAAUACAUCCUUGACCGAGUCCUUCGGGAUUGCUAUCUUGGAAGCAGCAUGUGCAGGGUUGUAUGUAGUGUCUACUCGUGUGGGAGGGGUCCCAGAAAUUUUGCCACCGGAUAUGAUCAGUUUUGCAGAGCCAGAAGAGGACGAUGUUUUCCGAGCCAUCUCAGAAGCUAUUCAGAUAGUUUCCAGAAAUGAACACGAUCCGGUUCUUGCACAUGAGCGCGUCAAGACGUUCUACGAUUGGGAAGAAGUCACCAGGAGGACAGAAAAGGUUUAUAGCACUGUUAUGAAAUCACCACAACGCGAUUUAUGGGACCGCAUCCAACGUACCAUGCAACUUGGACCUUUUGCCGGUCCCAUAUGGACCAUCAUCUUGAUCGUGGACUGUCUGUUCUUCCUGUUUUUGGAGUGGCUGAUACCCAGGGAAGACAUGGACUUCGUGAGGAGUUGUUGGACGCACGACCGAUUUGUUGAGGUAACAGUACAAAUGAAUCGGUAA